CAACUACCGACCGCGCGGGUCUCAUAAUCAACUCUCGUCACGAUCAAUCACUCCAUCAAUGAUCAAUGACAUUCUGAGGUGAAUUCUAUCUGAAGCAAAAGAAAUCAGACCUCUAUCUCAUACAUCACUUCAAUUAUGCCGGAUUCACCUCAAGCCACUGGCGCGGCACGCCCUGCCGAGCCAGUAUCAGAAGCCCCAGAGGCAAUUGCGCCGGCUCCUGAGCCAAAGUUACCGAGCCGCAAGGAUGCCAGCUUGAAGGAGUUCCUGGGGAAGAUGGAUGAUUAUGCUCCCAUUAUCCCAGACGCAGUCACAAACUACUACCUCACACGCGCCGGGCUCCCCCCACCACCCACAACCGAUCCCCGCCUCUCUCGCCUCCUCGCUCUCGCGACCCAAAAGUUCGUCGCUGACAUCGCCGCCGACGCAUACCAAUACUCGCGGAUCCGCUCGUCGAACAGCUCCUCAGCCAAUAACCCGAUGGGCAACCUCGUCGGUGCUGCUGGAGGCGCCAGCGCAGCACCUGUGGGCGCGGCGGAGGGGAAGACACAGAGAGCCGGUGGAGGCGCGUUGGGUGUUCAGCGGCCGGGAUACGGAGGUGGCGGACAGGGUGGUGGGCAGGGGAGGACUGUGCUGACGAUGGAGGAUUUGGGGAUGGCGGUUGGAGAGUACGGGGUUAAUGUUAAGAGGGGAGAGUUCUACCGGUAAGAUGGUUGCCGAGGUGCAUAAUACCACGAUGGGGAGUUUGGACACGGACUGGGUUGGGACUGGGGCGCACUGCUGAUUAUGGCGGGAUGGGUUGUGUCUGGUUUGAGCCUACACUAGAGGACAAUCAGAGGGGCAUUUGGCGUUUGGGAGGCUUGUCUGCCUGCAUAUGCUGCUAGCUUGACUGAGUGGCCGAGAUGGGACACUUUCUUUAGACUAGAGCUUGUCAUUCUCAAUGAAAUUCAUUUUUACGGCU